AUGUGGAUGAUGAUGCCUUCAGAAUUUCAGAUUCUUUCAGUCUACUAAGAACUACUACUCUCACUGUAUCACUGACAUUCGAACCAAACAAUAUUGAAUUUCGUGUGGGACGUCAGCAAUGAACUUCCCAAGCUCCUCAGGCGGAGGAACAGCACCAGCAGCUCCAGGAGGAGGUCGAACAUGGCCGUCGACCACAUCAGUGUCCGCUUCAGGGAAGCGGAUACAGAAGGAGAUGCUGGAAUUCAACAUGGACCCUCCUGUCGAUUGUGCCGCCGGACCCAAAGGCGACAGUCUUUACCAGUGGAUUGCCACCAUCAUUGGCCCUCCAGGGUUGCCCUACGAAGGUGGAAUUUUUUUUCUUGACAUUACAUUCCCACACGAGUACCCCUUCAAACCUCCCAAGGUGGUUUUCAUAACCCGAAUCUACCACUGCAAUAUUGAUUCUUCCGGCAACCCUGGUUUGGACAUCUUGAAAGAUCGCUGGAGUCCUGCUCUAACAAUAUCAAAGGUGCUAGAUGACAUCAGGUCAAUAUUCAUCAAUCCGGACCCAUAUAAGCCUUUAGUCCCAGGAAUUGCUCACUUGUACUUGACAGACAGAGCUAAACAUGACGAGGUAGCUGCAGAGUGGACCAUGCGAUUUGCUAGGUAAAAGGUUCUAAAUCAGAAGGAGGGCAUCAAGAAUUGCAAACAUGUGAACUUGCAGUCCCCGCAGUUUUUUCCUAUUGUGGUUCAAGUGUCUCAUGUGAUUUCAAGGGUAUGUGGCAGAAUAUGUGUUCUGUUGUAAUUUCCAGAUUUUCCUGUAUGUGACAAAGACAUCUUUAUUUUCAAUGUUUUUCAUGUGCUCAAGCUGAGCAGAACAGAUGGUGGGAUCUUCCUGCA